CUUAUCAUCUCUUUCCUUUGAUCGGUGUUUCUAUUAUAUAUACAACUUCUCUCCCCUUGUGAUAAAAUUACACAGAACUAAGCAAAAGAAAUAUAUAGAGAGAGAAAAAAACCAGAGUCAUGAACAGCAAGAAUUCAUCAUCUUCUUCUUCCUUUACUACUGAUCUAUUCGGUUCAAUAAAUCCCUCUGCUUCUUCAUCUUCAGGGAUUUUUGAUGCAAUUUUCGCCCCUUCUUCUUCAAAGGUUCUUGGAAGGGAUUUCCUGUUGUCGUCGGGUAAAACAGAACAGAAAGAAGGAAAACUGACCGGAAAAACCGGCAGUGAUUCAGACAUAACUGGACAGAAGAUUCAUGUGCCUUUAAAUGAAGAUGGGACUCCUCUUUAUGGUGAAAAAGUGCAUCCAUGCCAUUACAGUUCAUCCAUUUAUUAUGGAGGCCAGGAUUUCUAUUCAAACCCUAAAAGUAACCAGUCUUCUUCUUCUUCUGUUUACUCCUCCUCAACCUUCUGUAAGAAGGAAGGAGAAGAUGAUUCCAACAGUGUUUCCAGAGGCAAUUGGUGGCAAGGUUCUCUUUAUUACUAGAAGCAUAAAGAGUCUUAGGGUUUGAACAGAUAUCUUGACCUCCAUAAUAAAUGGAUGAACUGUAAUGGCAUGGAUGCAAUAAUAUAUUAAAAUAUUACAUAUGUUCUUGACCUCCAUAUUAUUGCUUUUUAAGUCUUUUGAAUAUGCUCUGUUUCUUCUUUAUUUUGUUUUAAUGCAAUUUCAAUCCAGUUAUCAUCCUAUCCUAUGUAUAUGUUUAUGUCUGUUAAUACACUUA